CAGGCAGAUAUCUAGCUCCAGUAGAGGUGGAACUGCUUUCAGCUCAGACAGCAGCCCAUUGAAGCAGGGAUUGGUGGAACCUGGAAGUUCAUGGGAACAUUACCUCCCCAUCAUAAACUAUAGACCAGAGUUUAGGGCAAGAUGCAUUUCCGUCCACGUUAUAUUGUUGACCGGUCGGCCUAUUCAAUUCCUGAAUUUGAUGAAGAGUACCAGAAGAAAGCCAGGAGUUACCCCCAUUCGCAAAAAGCAAAGAAGUUAUUCAGCUGCUCAACGGCCAGGCUCAAAGCCAUUUUCAUUCAACUCUUCCCGAUAAUUGCAUGGCUCCCAAAAUACAACAUUAAGAAGAGUCUCCUUUUUGAUAUCAUAUCUGGUAUCAGUGCUGGGACUAUCCAAGUCCCUCAAGGAAUGGCGUUUGCUCUGCUAGCCAGUCUCCCCCCAGUCAAUGGUCUGUAUUCCUCAUUCUACCCUCUCCUUGUCUACUUCUUCCUUGGAAGCAUACACCACAUGGUCCCAGGUACGUUUGCUGUGUUGAGUAUUAUAGUUGGGAGUGUGGUUCAAGCACAGGCUCCAGUUGAAAAAUUUCAACACUUUAAUGAAAGUCUGAAUGAAACCAUCACCGAUAUUGAGGCUAUGAACGAGGAUCGCAUGAGAAUUGCAGGAACUCUCACCUGCUUAACGGCUGUAAUACAGAUUUGCUUAGGCUUCGUUCAGUUUGGCUUUAUCUCCAUUUAUCUUUCCGAAUCCUUUGUUAGAGGAUUCAUGACAGCAGCUGGAUUACAAAUCUUAAUCUCAUUGUUGAAAUACAUCUUUGGACUGUCCAUCCGUGCAUAUACUGGUCCACUGGCAAUAAUAUAUACAUUCAUUGACGUCUGUAAAAACCUUCCCAAGACCAAUGUAGCAUCGCUGAUUUUUGCUUUGAUCACCGGUGUGGUCCUGUUCACUGUAAAGGAGAUUAACGUCAGAUUUAAGCAUAAGCUUCCAUUCCCCAUUCCAAUGGAAAUUGUUUUGGUCAUUGUUACCACAGCAAUUUCAGGGGGAGCACACAUGCCGCAGAAAUAUGACAUUGAUGUUGUUGGAGUGAUUCCUCUGGGGUUGCCUCCCCCAGAUGCUCCUCGGGUCAAUCUGUGGGGUGAAAUGAUUGGACCUGCUAUCUCACUUGCUAUUGUUGGAUACGUCAUUAACUUAGCUGUGGGGAGGACAAUCUCUGCCAGGCAUGGCUAUGAUGUGAAUGCAAACCAGGAAAUGUUGGCACUGGGCUGUGGUAACUUCUUUGGAUCGUUUUUCAACAUCCAUGUUAUCUGUUGUGCGUUGUCAGUGACUUUGGCUGUGGAAGGAGCUGGUGGAAGCUCACAGUUUGCAAGUCUGUUCGUAGUCAUUGUGGUGUUUGUGGUGCUAAUGGCUCUGGGAACGUACCUAGAGCCACUUCCGAAGGCUGUGCUGGGAGCACUGAUAGCAGUGAACCUGAAAAACACUUUGCUGCAGAUCACAGACCCCUAUUUCCUGUGGAAGAAAAGCAAACUGGACUGUUGUGUGUGGAUAGUGAGUUUCCUAUCAGCAUUUCUGCUUGGCUUGCCCUAUGGAGUGGCUGUUGGAGUUGGAUUCUCGGCACUGGUUGUUGUGUUUCAAACACAAUUUCGGAAUGGCCAUCUCGUGGGACAGAUAGGAUCCGGUGACAUUUACAGAAACCCCAAGAUCUAUGAAAAGGCAAAAGAAAUCAGUGGAAUAAAAAUCAUAACCUACUGCUCCCCGCUGUAUUUUGCCAACGUGGAAUUUUUCAGGAAAAAAGUGAUUAAAAAGUCGGGAUUUGACCCAGUGAAGGUUUUAUUAGCCAAGAAAAAGUACCUCAAAGCUGCGAAACGGGAGGAAAGGGAAAUAGAUACUAGAAGACAAAGUCAUCUCUGCACCAAGCAAGUGUCCUUACAGGAGCUGGUCAAAGAGGUGGAUGCUGAAGCAUCUAUGGACUGUAAUAAUAACUCAGUGGGUGAAGCUCCCAGAAUAUCAUACAUCACAGUCAACACCCCGAAUGGAUUACAUGAGGGAACGCAGAAACCUGCAAUAGAUGUGGAGAAUACUGAAGAUCCCAUUAAACUUGCACACCCCAUAAUUGACACGCACACCCUUAUCUUGGACAUGACCGGAGUCUGUUUUGUGGAUCUUAUGGGAAUUAAAGUACUAGGAAAGAUGUGUUCAAAUUACAAGAAAAUUGGCGUGACAAUUUAUCUGGCUGGUAUACGAGAUCAAGUAUAUGAAGAUAUUGAGACUGGUGGAAUGUUUGAUGAGGGUGGGAUAGAACGCAGUUGUCUCUUCAUUUCAGUGCACGAUGCUGUCCUGUACACAUUGGCAAAGACAAGUGAAAACAGACAGGAUGCAGCCAAGGAAAAAGCUUCUGGUGCGGCAGCAGUCUAUAUUAAUGAGGACAUAUCAAGUGAUGAAAAUGAUAAUGACCAGGAUUUGGAGCAGGUCAUGUUUGGAACAAUGUUUGACAAUAGCGUUGGGGACCAUACCAUCCUGUGAAAAAAUUCGGAAAUACUGAAGAUCAAAUGCAAGUGAUUUGCACUCGAAGCCACAAGAGCUUUCAGAACAAAUAACUUGGCAAAUGUGUAUUGUAAAGUGCUUUGCACUGGCUUCUGAUACACUAACUGAUGUGGAAAAGGGCAUAAAUGUGCAGGCACCAGUUAUUAGUUAAAGUGUGUAUCUUUUUCUUGGUUGUAGUAUGCUAUUUCUUAUCUAAAACACAAUGAUUGGACAAGUCUUCUCAUACUUGUGUGGAAUGUCUUGAUUUGGCACAUGUGAAAAUACGUACUAUUGUACUUAGUUAACCAUGCCCCAGCCCCUGUGUAGCCCAUACUUCUCCUUUCUGUGAAGAGAUGCUGAAAGUAGGGGCUCCCACUUUUAAUGCUAAUGUUUUUUGUUUUGGACAUGUUCAGGAACAUGGGAAAAACUCCAACCUAAGAUCACUUGCAACAUGAAGUCUUAACCAAAGCAUGUAAGGGUGUCAGAUAAAGCAUUGUGCUGCUCACUGAUCAAACGGCAUGUAGUGCCAUUGUAAGAGAAGUGAAAACAACAGACACCCAAAUGCACUUUCCAGUAGCAGUCAGUGGAUAGCAAUAAGGACCAGUAACCCUGGCUGACAUUUUUUCCCUUCUUAGCCCAGGCACUGAAUGCAGAUGCAGUGCCCAAUCUGAAAUCAGCCAACUCAGGACAAAGCUGGAAUUAAGUCUGGGGCCUUCCUGGCUUGUGUGGGUCAGCAACAUGAAUACAACCAAAGAAUGCAUUCAUCCUUUAAGCAACUUGGAAGAGCAUUUCAGGAUGAUUGCAGAGAAGCAGCUUAAAUGUUUUUUUUUUAACAUUAAAUUGGACACACAGAAGUAACAUGGGACAAUUUGUAUUCCAUGAGGAAAGUUAAGUUAUUUGGUUCGGUGAAGCAUACUGCAUUUUAAAGAAUGGAAUAUGGCUUAACUAAGGUCCAUUCUUCAUUCUUUUAACAUUACAUGAUUGUUAAUUUGAAUGUCCUUAAUUAAGCCCCAUAGUCACUGUUUAUCUGUAGAGCAAACUGCUGCCUCUCGUUCAGAAAAGCAAAACCCACUCCUGUGCCAUUCUCCCCACAUUUAGUGACACAAGUGCAUUUAAUGCAUGGCUGUGACAUCUCAAUGUAAGUUAUCUUGACAAUACAGGAAUAGGAUAGGGUUUUUCAUCCUCAUAAUUUUGAAGUAUAUAAUUCUUAAAGUAAUAAAUUAAUGUUUUAUUGCACUCCACUGUGAAAUACAUGCAAUUGUUAUUUAACUGAUAAAUACUAGUGUAUGCUAAUGAUAUAUUAAUAAAUAUAAUAUAUUACCAGUA